AUUACGGGGGGGACGGGGGGGACAUGUCCCCCCCACUAUUUGAAAUACGAAUUUUGUCCCCACCAGUUUUAAAAAUGUGCAAACCAAUUGCGGUUGAAAAAAUCCCCACAUACUCAACCGAAAUCGUCGAGUCUAAAAUCAUGCGAUAGGCGCGCUCGAAGACAUCAUUUAUUAGAUAGGCCUACCUAAUAAACCGUUGGAACACACAAGACCGGAACCCAUAGCAACGCCGGUAAACAAACCCCGACUCCCGAGAAGCCCAAUCCCUAUGAGAGCUCCCCGCGCUACGGCCAUCCGGAGGCACACAGAGCUUUUGGCCGUGAUAUUAUAUAUACAAUUAUAUUAUAUUAUAUACUACUAUUAUAUAUAGAGCUCCGAGAGUCGCAAACGGCAAGCAAUCACUUUCUCCUCCAUGCUGCAGUACACCCCGGACUGCACUGCGCUGAGUUUGACGGUUGAACGCUGAUUGGCUGUUACGUUACACAUGUCACUCAGUGGCCACGCUGUUGAACGCUGAUUGUCUGUCAUCACGCGAAAUUCGUGUCAAAGUUUAAAUUUGUCGCGCCACAAAUCCUCGUGAACGCGCUCGCCUGUGCACGGCGAAAGUGUGGCGCGACAAAUCAAAAAAAAUUGCCCAAUACGCGUCUAUACGUUCACUUUGUAUGGGAUCUUGUCGUCCCGUUGCGUUUGGUGUGAACGCACUGGAGAAGUUUCAAGACAGACAGCCAAAAUUGACAUUUUUAUUCAGAAAAUAGCCGAUCCUUUUGCUUCCUAUAAAAAGCAUGUUUGUGACACUGGAUAUCGAUAUGGAUACAUCAUCUAGCCUGCAUGUGGAGGGCCACAUAAGGUAAGAAAAUGGUUUACGUAAACUUUGCUGCUGGUUCUGUUUGCUCGUGAAUCGUGAUGACCUGGCCAAAGGUUACCCAUGGUCCAGGCGAUUGUGAUCUGAUUCUGGUUGGUGCUCCAGUUAGUAUGCAUUGUAUAUAUAGAUUGCAGCUAGUAGCAGCUACACACGGUGCGAUUGCUAUGCCAAUGUGGUUAUAGUUGGUUUUGUCUGAUUGAGAUAUGUGACGAAUUGGAGGCUGGUAGUCCUAUCCUGACAUAAAUAUGUUCUUGCAUAACCUGUGUGAUUAUCCUAAACUGAAGGGGAUUUUAUUUGCGGACAAUUUUCUUAUGAUGUUGUAACGAGUGAAGUCUACAUUGGUCCUUCGCAAGUGUUUACUGGUGGUCAGGAUUUGGCAGAUGCAAUUCUCCUCUGGGUGCUUGUAUUUUUCUUCUUUUUUUAAUGCAGCAUAACAUAUGCUACCAGCAGCCCUUGGUCGUCUUCAAAAGGCUGAUGUUCAGUACCUCGUUUAAUUUCGUACCCCCUUUACAGUCUGGCAUUGUUUGUCUGGUAAACUUUGUGGAUGUCAAGAUAGGUGUUAAAUUGCCAACACUGUUCUUUGUCCUGUGUGUAUUAGUAUUAGGCCUACAUAUCCCGAGCCAAUACCCUGGUGUUUCCAACGCUGUUUUGCAAAACAAGCCAAAACAAUAACUGUGGUUUUCAACUUUUAUUGUUCGAAUAGGAUCUUCAUAGGGCUGGCCCGAAUGCCAUUUUUCAGGCUUCGAAUACUCGUUGGUUUUUUCCGAGCGAAUAUUCGAAUACUCGUUCCAGAAAAGAACACCAUCAAAAACAUUAAUAAUCCUACUCCCUCGAACCGAUUUUGAAAGUAUCUGCAUAUUUUGUUGAAGAUUUAAUAGCUUUUGAACGUUAAUUAGUAGGCCUACGUAGGUUGAAGUUCCUUCGUUUUUCCCCGUGAAAGCCAACAGCUGUUGCUCCGUUCCAAAUCAGCUGUUCUCUGCCAUCUCAGCCCUUACGGGAGCUUUUCAAUUCAUCCUGGAACGUGCAUCUUUUCAGGGAAUUUGUACAAUAAAUCCAUAACAAAUACCGAAUAUUGAUUGUCUUAUGUGUCCAUAUUAUAUCCAUUAUAUUGACCGGGUAUUCCCAAGACGCUCACGCUCUGCAGCAAGCCAGUCACAGUUGAUUGGCGCAGAGCUGUAAAGCGAACGUAACCAAACAACUAAGCUAAGGUUUUAAGUAUUACUUUUCCUCCAGAGAUCCCGCUAAUGUUGUGUUAUAAAGUAAAGGGAAACAAGAUAUCUAUUCUUCCUCCACCUCUCUCGCUUCUCUGCUUGGUGUCGCUUAUAGUUUGCCUCCCUCGCUCUGGUAAAGUCACGUACGUGGAAAAAAAGAAAAAACGAAGCUCCAAAUACUGAUUUAAGCUUCAAAUACUAAUUUUCCAAACCAGUAUUCGAAUAUUCGAAUAAUUUCAACACCUGACGAUACACUGUAGAGCAUAUUGUAAUGCAGCGUUCAAUGGAUGAAUAGCUUACAUAAAGGUACCCAGCACUUUUCAAACCACACUCAAGCUUAUGGUUAUUGUCCCCACCACUUCUAAAAACAAACUGAUGCCCUUGGGUACAUUGAGUUUGCAUUGUUGUAAAUUGGAGAAUCCCGUGCAUCUGAUUUUAUUUGUUUUCUUUUCCUAAAAUACAUUCAACUAGUAUUUCAUUUUGUGAAUAAAUAUGUGAAUGAAUACUUUUAAAAUACAGUUGUGGUGGUCAUUUAUUAAAAUGAUCUAACAGUAACAUAUGAAUCAAAGUUGUAGUUUCCUACAACGAGCCCAGGCCCAGUCUUAUUGUAUUAACCACUCUAGAUUUAUUAUUUAACUACAUGGGACAAGGGUUACAUAAAAUGGAGGCCCCGCUGGGAUUUAUUAAAAUAAAUUAGACAAGCAAAAGUAACAUGACCCCACAACUUUAAGAGCAUUUAUUUAAAGUAACGUGCCAACAGUAACUAGAAGUAAUUAAAGUAAAGUACAACAAUGGCAGUCCUAGCAAACAGUCCAUCACAACGUGAGCUAAUUAACUGGUGCAAAGGAGAAUCAGUAGAUUUAAAGCAUGCCUUCCUGUUACAUGGAGUGCCUGAAGGUGUUUCAAGAGAAGACAUUGAAGAAACAGCAGGGACCAUCAAAGCUUGGGGAAGAGUUAGAGUUAAGGGAAAAAUGUUUCACCAUCAACAGCAAUCGCUGAUGGUGUUAUGUGAGUGUCGUGAAGAGAUCGACCCAUCUAAAAUCCCACCUGAGAUAAUGCCUAUAAGUGGAGGAAGUAGUUGGAAACCUGUCUGCUACACAGAGCCUCAGCUUGAUAACUUUGAAGUGAAGCUACUUACCUUUUUGCAGAGUGAAGGGAGAACCUUGGAGGACAUCAAAGGUCUCUAUGUUCCCCCACCAAAGAAAGUAACAGCAACCCUGAAGACAUCAUCCGUGCAGUCGGUGAUGUUAUGAGCAGAACAAACAAACAACCUGACAGUCACCCAUACAGACGUCUUCGGACAUUCUCCGGGAUCAGUCCCACUCCCACUGGAGAAGAGACCUUAGACAACUGGUUGGAGCAAGCAACACUCUUAGUAGAGGAAGGUGAGUGCUCAGACAAAGAGAAACGACGUCGGAUACUGGAAAGUCUCAAAGGGCCCGCCUUUGAGAUCAUUCAAGCUGUGCGCCUGACUCAACCUGAUGCUAGCCCACGUGAGUACAUAGAGGCUAUAGAGAGCAUUUUUGGUACAGUAGAGUCCUCAGAAGAACUAUAUCUGUCGUUCAGAGCCCUCCACCAACAGCCUGGUGAGCGUCUGUCUGAGUUCCUAAGAAGAGUAGAGAGAUCUCUUGUCAAAGUAGUACAAGGAGGUGGCUUACCUGUUAGCGUUGCCAACAGCACUCGUUUAGAGCAGCUUCUUAGAGGGUCCACCUCUGAACUCAUGUUGUUACAGUUGAAAAUUAGGGAGCGGAGUAGUAAUCCCCCUACAUUCUUGAACCUGUUAAGAGAAGUGAUGGAAGAGGAAGGUCGCCAGUCAGCCAGACAAAGCCAAGUGUCACACCUGCGUCCUCAGCGUGUACGCACCGUCCAAGCUGAAAAGGAGAAAGAACCUGAAUCAGUCUCUAGGAGUGAACUGCAAGCUCGGAUUCAAGAAUUGAGAGCGCAGUUAGAGCAGAGAAGCAACCCACAACCUCAGCCACCAUCUGAUGAGUCCUUUAACGGUCUUACAGAGAAACAAAAACAGAGAAAUGAGUCACAGAGUGAACUGCAAUCACUAAAGAAACAAGUGAAAGCACUAGAAAGUAAAAUGAGUGUAAUGACAGUGAAAUACACAUCAGAACAAACACCCCAGCCACACCGAUACAAAGCAGCUACGGGUUACAAGCCCGCUCAUUCCAGAGUCUCCUCUCCCAGACAAAGCCAAGUGUCACACCUGCGUCCUCAGCGUGUACGCACCGUCCAAGCUGAAAAGGAGAAAGAACCUGAAUCAGUCUCUAGGAGUGAACUGCAAGCUCGGAUUCAAGAAUUGAGAGCGCAGUUAGAGCAGAGAAGCAACCCACAACCUCAGCCACCAUCUGAUGAGUCCUUUAACGGUCUUACAGAGAAACAAAAACAGAGAAAUGAGUCACAGAGUGAACUGCAAUCACUAAAGAAACAAGUGAAAGCACUAGAAAGUAAAAUGAGUGUAAUGACAGUGAAAUACACAUCAGAACAAACACCCCAGCCACACCGAUACAAAGCAGCUACGGGUUACAAGCCCGCUCAUUCCAGAGUCUCCUCUCCCCGACAAGACAAUGAUGAGUUUUUCUGUUAUCGGUUUGGGGAAAAUGGCCACAUAGCCACCAGAUGUACUGCCCCUGAGAAUCUUCAGAAAGUCAUUAGAAAGCUCAUACGCUUGGCGCGUGUUUCCCCUCUUUCCCACAAAGAGAACCCGCAGCCUGCAGCUGAAGAACACUGUGUAGCUAGAACCAAUAAGGUUGAAGUCCCAGAGAACAACACUGACUUACCCGAAGGUCUUGUAGGUCCAUCAUUUAUUCACACCAUCAAAGUUAAUGCUGUAGUCUGCGAUGCUCUCAUCGACAGUGGGUCUAAUGUGACUAUCAUCUUUGAAAGCUGGUAUAACAAUCACUUACUUGAUGUCCCGAAAAAACCCCUCUCUGGCCUUGGACUCUGGGGCCUUGCUGACACUGAGUAUCCUUACAAAGGAUAUGUUGUUGUUGAGAUGGAGUUUUCAGAAGAGAUCACUGGUGUGACGGGACGAGUAGAAGUGCUCGCCUUGAUUUGUCCUGAGCCAAGAAACCAACAACAAACCCCUGUGCUGGUUGGAACCAACACAUCUCUGUUCCGCCGCCUAUGGGAACUGGCGAAGACAAAAGGUGACGAGAACACUGUGUACUCAAUGAGAAUUCAGUCUGUUUAUGCCCCUGUUAAAGCACAAGAGCAGUCAACAAAAAAUGAAGUCUUGGGACAGAUAAAGUGGAAAGGACCCGGUUCACUCUCGAUUGCUCCAGGUGCAAAGUACUAUGCAACGUGCAAAGUGGAAAGACAGAGUGCCCCGUCCAAGGAUCUUGUACUGAUUGAUGCACCCACUGACCAGUUGCUCCCCACCGGUUUGCUGGUACAGCCUGGUGUGCUCUCAGACGCCAACAUAGACAAUAACAGUUUCACUGUCCUCAUUCAGAAUGAGUCCAAAAAGACAACUUCAAUCCCAGUUGGGACCGUUGUUGCUGAGAUGUAUGCUGUGGACACAGUUACCCCAGUCAGGCCUUCCGACCUCACAGCUGAAACCAUAGACCCAAGUCUCUUUAAUUUCGGAGACUCUCCCAUUCCCAAAGGGUGGAAGAGUCAGCUUCAGCAGAAGUUAGCUGAGAGGCGGAAUGUUUUCUCACUGCAUGAGUGGGAGGUUGGUCGUGCAAAGGGUGUUGAACACCACAUACGCCUGCAUGACCCCAGACCCUUCAGGGAAAGGUCAAGGAGACUAGCCCCUGCAGACAUAGACGAUGUGCGGCGGCAAAUACAACAACUGCUGGCAGCUGGAAUUAUCACAGAGUCCCGUAGCCCAUCCGCCUCACCGAUCGUUGUAGUUCGCAAAAAGAAUGGGAGUAUAAGAAUCUGUAUCGACUACAGAACACUCAACAACCGCACCACACCAGACCAGUACACAAUGCCACGCAUUGACGACGCCUUGGAUUCUCUAUCCGGCAGCCAAUGGUUCUCAGUCCUAGAUCUGCGCAGUGGCUAUUACCAGAUAGAGAUGGCUCCGGAGGACAAAGAGAAGACAGCGUUCAUUUGCCCUCUUGGUUUCUAUCAAUUUGAGCGCAUGCCACAAGGAAUCACAGGAGCGCCGGCAACGUUUCAGCGCUUAAUGGAAAAAGCUGUUGGUGAUAUGCAUCUUCUGGAAGCUCUCGUGUACUUGGAUGAUAUCAUCAUUUUCGGCAAGACACUUGAAGAGCAUGAGCAACGUCUUUUCAAAGUACUGGAUCGACUAGAGGAGGUCGGAUUGAAGGUUUCUAUUGAUAAAUGUCAAUUCUGCCAGCCUGAGGUUAGGUAUGUGGGUCACAUCGUUUCUGCUAAUGGAAUAGCUACUGAUCCAGACAAAGUGGAAGUAGUCAAGCAUUGGAAAGAGCCCACUCACCUGAAACCUCUGAAGUCCUUCCUCGGAUUUUGCAGUUACUAUCGAAGGUUCAUUGCAAAUUACUCUGCCAUUGUCCGUCCUCUUUCUGAGCUCACCAAGGGUUAUGCCCCCACUUGGAAAGACCCCAAUUUCAAAAAGAGUGUCGACCCAAGCAAAGUCUAUUUCAAGCCAUCAGAGCUUUUCGGAGAACGGUGGACUCAGGCCUGCCAGGCCGCUUUUGAGCGUAUCCGUGACUGUUUGAUCAAUGCCCCAGUGUUAGCAUUCGCUGACCCCACUAAGACGUACAUCUCACAUGUGGACGCCAGUAUGAAUGGCCUAGGCGCUGUCCUGAACCAGGAAUAUCCUGAGGGCCUCAGACCAGUAGCUUUCGCCAGUCGGAAGCUUAAAGACUCAGAGCACAACUAUCCAGUCCAUCAAUUGGAAUUUCUGGCAUUAAAAUGGGCUGUCGUGGACAAGUUUCACGAUUACUUGUAUGGAGCUAAGUUUACUGUAAGAACUGACAACAAGCCAUUAACAUAUGUGUUGACCUCUGCCAAACUCAGUGCAGUCGGACAUCGUUGGCUCGCUGCCCUUGCCACCUACGAGUUCACCAUCCAAUAUCGACCUGGGAGGCAAAAUAUCGAUGCUGACUUGUUGUCUCGACAAUCAGUGGCGGUUUUAGACACGGGCCACCCGGGCGGUGGCCCGGGGCGGCACUUUUUCAAGCCACGUGGGGGGCGGAACGAACAAAUAAAUAAAUAAAUAAUAAUCUGGGCUGCGAAGCGGUUUUCUAUUAUCUAUCAUAUC